AUGUCAGACCCCACUACCCCACCACUACCAACUCUGCCAUCACAGCAUCCAACCUUCACCCCACGGCCGCCUCAUGUAGCUUCCUCUCUUUGCAAACAGAAUUCUUGGUCCCCCGACUCCUACCGCGACGAGGCUUGGCUGAGGCGUAAGGAUCGCCGUAAAAGGCGGAGCAAGAGUGUCACUGACGAAGAUUUAGAUGAACUGAAGGCAUGCAUAGAGCUGGGAUUUGGAUUUGACUCUCCCAAAAUGGACCAGCGGCUGUCCGAUACUUUUCCGGCUUAUGGCCUUUAUUAUUCCGUGAACAAACAAUACAAAGAUACUAUUUCAAAGCCUCCGCUGCCACUGUCAUCCGCCACCUCCGAGUGCGAUACUCCAUCUCCACUUGGAAGCCCCCACACCAUUUUCGGCCCCGGGGAAAAUCCACAGGCGGUGAAGACAAGGUUGAGACAAUGGGCACAAGUGGUUGCUUGUGCAGUGCGUCAACCUCCAAGCCUGCUGUGCUGUGCUGUCCCCAUUGACAUCACUGCCAUUUGUGUACAGUACAGUGGAGACAACGUUUUGCUCCCACCAGAUUCAGAAAUUAACUGA